UCUGAAUUCGCCCGCAUUUUCCUGGAGCGUUUAUUACUUUACAACAGCCAGCUGCUGGCCCAAAUACCCGUAGACCAAAAGAUAUACGGACAAGCAGCACUUGAUGGGGCGCAUCGCAAGUAUGCUGCUCGAGCUUAUGAGUCGCUGCUGGAAUCAGUUGUCUCUCAAGACCUGGAGGAGAUGAAAGAAGACUUCUGUGCAACCACGGGUGCAGACCCAGAACUCGAGGGUUUAGACGAUGCCGUCCGGUGGCAGCGGGAGCGACUGAAGCUGUGGAGAGCUUACAGCAAAGAUGUUUCCAUUCCCUCUAUUCGCGCGCGGCUGCCCGCCCCGGGGAGCGUUUUGGAACUUUGUCUUUUUGGAGUUGAAAAUGAGGCUUUUGCAACUCAAGCAGUUUACGAAGCUUUUGAACAAUUGAAGAAGCAAACAGUGUACAAUUUGCUGCUGGUUGUGGAUGAAUACAACGAACUCUUCCCCGUCACCCCCUACCUCUCCAUGCGCUUCGAAACCACCAAAUUCGGAGGCAAAAUUCCCGCCUACUUCCUCGCCCUCCCGCGCCUCCUGAGGCUGAAGAUUGUGGCGACGAGCUGGAAGAGAAUGAGGAGGAGAGAUUAUCGCCCUGAGCUUCUGGGUGUCAAACCCGAAGACAUCCGCACUGUGCGCAACUUCUCCCCCCUCGAGUUCGCUUCUUUCGUUUCUUAUUUGCAAAAAAAAAAUGCCAUUUACAAUUUCCCCAGAGACAAACUCGAGUACUUCUACAUGCUUUCCGGUCAGCCGCCCUCACUGCAAAUGGCUAGCUAG